CGCAUUUCCGCGGUAACCUGUCUGGCCUGCGCUCCUCCGCCGCUGUGACGGUCUGAAGCAGCGUAACUUUAGAGUUCAUGCGUUGGCUAGCUGUCACGACCAGCGGAUUUCAAGGGCUGGAACACCUGUUUUCUCGACCGAAAGCCCCAACAACACAGCCAAGAUGUUGAAUAUGUGGAAAGUGAGGGAGCUGGUUGAUAAAGCAACCAAUGUUGUGAUGAACUAUACAGAAAUUGAGUCUAAAGUUCGAGAAGCCACCAACGAUGACCCAUGGGGACCGUCUGGACAGUUAAUGGGCGAGAUCGCCAGGGUCACAUUCACAUAUGAGAAUUUUCCAGAGGUAAUGAACAUGCUGUGGACUAGAAUGCUGAAAGACAACAAGAAAAACUGGAGAAGAGUUUACAAGUCUUUACUGCUGCUGGCGUACCUGAUCAGAAAUGGUUCUGAGCGGGUUGUCACUAGUACAAGAGAGCACCUGUAUGACUUGCGUUCAAUUGAGAGCUAUCAUUAUGUAGAUGAGAAUGGCAAGGACCAGGGUGUCAAUGUGCGCCAGAAAGUGAAGGAGCUGUUAGAAUUUGUCCAGGAUGAUGACAGAUUGAGAGAGGAGAGGAAAAAGGCUAAGAAAAACAGGGACAAAUAUAUAGGCGUGUCCUCUGACAGUAUGUCAGGCUUCAGAUACUCGGAGGACCGGUUUGAUUUGAGAGAUUCAUGCUCAAAAUGGGAUGAAGACUGGGGCAAGGGGGCUUUCCCCUUCAGUGAGAAACUGGGAGAGAUCAGCGAUAAGAUCGGAAGCACCAUUGAUGACACCAUUAACAUGUUCCGCAGAAAAGACCGGGAUGACUCGCCUGACAGAUUCAGUGAAGGAGAUGAGGACCAUCGGGGAACGCGAAAUGGGCAGUCAGGGAAAUCAGAAUUUAAAGAUGACGCAGAGACAGUGACAACCAAAAGCGUCCAGAUUGUCCAGGCCACAGAGACCACUGCCACUCGUAAGAGAGGAGGCAUUCCCUCCAAAACGAUAGACCUGGGAGCAGCUGCAAAUUACGCUGGCGAUAAACCCUCCACCAACACAAACACAAGCCAGACCACAUCAGCAGUGAGCCAGCCCAGUUCUGGUCUGGUGGACUUGUUCUCAGCAGAUCCUGCACCUGCUCAACCAGAUUCCCAAGUUUCAAGCUCUGACCUGAUUGGAGGUUUUGCUGAUUUCUCUUCUCCUGCAGCUGCAGUCAGUCUUCCAUCAUCAGCUGCCCCAGCAUCUAGUGGGAAUGGAGACUUUGGUGAUUGGAACACUUUUUCUGCAACCCAGCCAGCCGUCCCUGCAGCUCAGCCUGUUAACCCUGCAGGAAUAGACCUUUUCUCAGGUCUGCAGGUGGCCCCUGCUCCUGCUCCUGCUCCUGCUCCUGCAUCCUCAUCCGACCUCUUUAACCUAAUGGGCUCAUCUCAGACCACUAACUUCAGCACCUCCCAAAGCAUGAACUUCUCCAUGACCUCCUCUCAGACCAUUGGCAUGCCAUCAUCCAAAUCACAGCCACUUCAGUCAAUGGGGAGUUCACUGAUGCCCCAGCAACCGAUGGCCCAGAAGCCCAAUCCCAAAGCCUCUUUGCCGUCCACCUGGUCCAACUCUAAUGUAGACAUAAGCCUGGACUACCUUAGUCCUGGCAUGCAGCCACCCAAACCUUCUCAGCCCACACUCAGCAUGAUGCAGCAAGGUAAGCAAAGAUACUGAUGUAGAGUGUCUGGGACAGGAUUUAACCUGGGUCCAGAAAAUUAAAUGAGCGCAAAAGAAUUCAAACAAUUGGUCUAUAUGAGGAGCGGUAAAAAUUAGUAACUAACUAUACUAACAAAAAAUACGACAGAUGAAAAUAUAAAUGUAUAGCAGUGUUUCCCAUGCAUUGAUUUAUUUGUG